GGCUGAUCUUGCAACCCUCUGGAAGACGGAGAGACCACGAGGCUCACGCGUCAGCCGAAACACCCAAGGUUUAAAUGCGUUCAUCUCCUCCCCUGGAUCUGAUCAACCGCUGCCACAGUCCGCUCCUCGUCACCCGAGACAGAAGCGCCAGACUCUCGGGGGCGCAAAGGCAGGACUGAGAGAGAGCAGCCGCGAGUGCCACUCCAGUAGGUUUCUGGAUCCAGCAGCAGCUCCGCAGGAGGUGUGGACGUUCUGCUGGCUAGCACUGCUGCACCCUGAAGUGAUGGCAUUGACAAGGGUCUGGGCCAUACCCCCGCUCUGUGUGACUAGCCUUGGGAUUCUGCUGCUGGUUUAUGCUCUCCCUGCAGAAGGACUCGCUCAAAAGCAUGGCCCGGAUAUUAUCGAUGAUGACAACAAAGACAACAUCACCAUCUUCACACGCAUCCUGGACCGGCUGCUGGAUGGAUAUGACAACCGACUGAGACCUGGGCUUGGAGAUACAGUAACUGAAGUCAAGACCAACAUUUAUGUAACAAGUUUUGGGCCCGUCUCGGACACAGACAUGGAGUACACAAUUGAUGUAUUCUUCCGGCAGUCCUGGCGAGAUGAGAGGCUUAAGUUUGAUGGCCCCAUGAAGAUCCUCCCCCUCAACAACCUGUUGGCCAGCAAGAUCUGGACUCCGGACACCUUUUUCCACAAUGGCAAGAAAUCGGUGGCUCACAACAUGACCACACCCAACAAGCUUCUUCGACUGGUGGACAAUGGUACCCUCCUCUACACCAUGAGAUUGACCAUUCAUGCGGAGUGUCCGAUGCACCUGGAGGACUUCCCAAUGGAUGUGCAUGCCUGUCCACUAAAGUUUGGGAGCUAUGCUUACACCAAGACAGAGGUGAUCUACACCUGGACCCAUGGGAAAGUGGAGGUGGCCGAAGAAGGCUCCCGCCUGAAUCAGUACGACCUCCUUGGCCACAAUGUGGGGAGAGACUCCAUUGAAUCCAGCACAGGAACCUACAUUGUGAUGACAACUUACUUCCACCUUAAGCGUAAAAUUGGGUAUUUUGUGAUCCAGACCUACUUACCCUGCAUCAUGACAGUCAUCCUCUCCCAAGUCUCUUUCUGGCUCAACAGAGAGAGUGUUCCAGCACGGACAGUGUUUGGGGUCACCACGGUCCUGACCAUGACUACCCUGAGCAUCAGUGCAAGAAACUCCUUGCCCAAAGUGGCAUACGCAACGGCCAUGGACUGGUUCAUGGCUGUCUGUUAUGCCUUUGUGUUCUCUGCACUGAUUGAGUUUGCUGCCGUCAACUACUUCACAAAACGCAGCUGGUCUUGGGAUGGCAAGAAGGUUCUGGAGGCCCAGGAAUUGAAGAAAAAGGAGCCCGUCAUGCUGGCAAAGAAGACCAACAACACCUACAACAUUGUUGGCACAACGUAUGCCCUCAACAUCACCAAGGAGCCAGGCCUGCCCACCAUUGCCAAGAGUGCAUCAGCAACUACAGCCACACCUGUCACGGCUGCGGCUGCUGCUGCUGCUGCUGCACCCCCAAAGGUGGCCCGGUUGGAAGAGAAGCCCCCUGAGAACAAGAAGACCUACAACAGUGUCAGCAAGGUAGACAAAAUGUCCCGCAUCGUCUUUCCGGUCUUGUUCACCAUUUUCAACAUGGUGUACUGGGCGACGUACGUCAACCGGGAGUCGGCUAUCAAGGGCAUGAUCCCCAAGGAAUGAAGCAAGCCCCUCGCCCCUCUUCCAUCUGUCCAUGUGGCCCAGGCAGAGGAGUCUCUGUAGGGGCUCCUUUGUCCCCCGGCUGGUUCUAUAUUAAUUUUAUCUUCUUCUUAAUUUUAUCAGCUGACUUCUUCCUUCUUCCCAUGCAAAUCAAACUGUGAUUUUUUACAAGGAUAACCCCAAGAACUUUUCAUUUGUUACUUGUUUGGUCUCUUCUAUUUCGUUGUUGUUGUGGAGGUGUGUGGAGGUAUGUGUUGAGAGGACGUAUAAUAGAAAAGUGGUGCCUCCAGCGUGGUGAGCCUGACAUCCUUCUCCCCAGAGUCCCCUGCUUGCCCCACGCCAAUGGGAGCUGGCUUCAUUCCCAGUUCAUUUCAUGCUAAAUUCUGCUGAGGAAUGCAGGGCAGUUUCUUCUUCCCUUCUAGUGAUCUCUGAUGGUCUGCCCUGGUGUCUCCAGUGGUCACCUUUCUCAUCCCUUGGUGAGUUUGUCUUGGUGGUUCCUCUUCUGCUGCACUUCUUUCCUCUAAUGAUGGGGGGUGGCCCUUCGGAUGUUGCUGAUCUGCAACUCCUAUCAGCUCCAGCAGGCAGGGAUGUUGGGAGUUGUAGUUUGGAAAUAUUGGAUGGAUUCGGGGGAUAGGGGACAGUGCACCCCAUCAUCUGGUGAUGAGGCCUCCCAGAACCACACAGACUCCUCCUACCCUGGGUGUCUCCUUCCCUCUGCAGUUUUUAAGCAGGGAAAAGCAACCAGGCCCUCUUUCCUUUCCCACACCCCACACAAAUGAGAGGUGACCCUGUUCUCUGUGCCUACCAGUGGGGAGGGGACUGGUGGCAACCACAAAUUAUGGGUGGCUAGUUUGCUGAGUCAAACUUUAUAACCCCCUGAACAAAAGUAAGCCUGUGGGAUGUUAGAUGCGUUUGGAGCAUAGGAUAGGAUAUUCUCCAUUAUUUAUCCUUCCUCAUGCUCACUUGUGUGAGUUUAUCGUCUGGUUAGCAGAGUUUAAAAUUACCAUCCCUUUGUGGUAUAAAAUCUGGAAAUUUCUGGGACAAGGUUGCUUAACCUUAAUAAUUAUCCAGGGUGUUCUAGCUGAUUGGACCUUCCCCCUUUUAUCCCUAUAAACAAAAGAAUAACACAGAAAUCUGUCAUGUAAGAAUAAAAAUAUUGUUUACUUUAAGAAUGUCUCAGACUCGAUUCAGCAGUAAGCAGCUGUGAAAUAAGACAGGCAGAAUAUAUUUUUUCAAUUACAAAAUAAAUGGUUGAGAUAAAAAAUGGAAUCUUUUCAGGAAAGCACAGAGAAGCACCCUCUCUUUAGUUACAUGGUGAAGGGAAAAAACAACCUGAGCUUUUAGGAGGGAGUAAGUAGUAAGGAUUACUUUCCUUUUGUUACUUUCCCCCACUUAGGAAAGCAGGGGAUAUGACUUCACAGAAUGCCCUAUCUCUAUGUGUCUUAACCCUUUUGUUUGUCUAAAAACACAUGAAUUUUUAUUUUGGCUGCAAUGCUAUUUACCACAGACUCCUCAUACCUGCUCAAGGAGAAAGAUGCUUCUGUUCUGGAGAGCAAUGCCAUGGGGUGGUGAUGGCCACCAUGAGCAGCAGAAGGAAGAGGUGCAAGGUGAUGCAAAUUUGGCCUGCAAACAGCCAGGACAGCCAUGGAGUUUGUGCAGGUUCUGUUCUCAGAAACCGGCAAGUUUAAAUAACCUUGUUUAAGAAUGAGCCUGAGCUACAGGUGCUGACAGCAGUAUGCAUGGGUUUAUCCCACUCUCUGCUCUGUCUUGGCAUCCCUUGGUUUCCUUGGAGAUGCUUUCAAAACCUCUCUUUCCAAACAAUGGAUUUUGUAGUUCUGAACUGCCUGAUUCAGAGGCACCAGUGUGUUAGUUAUCUGCCAUUGUGCUGGACUUGGAUGUCUAGAUUUUGUUUUAAAAGGGAGGUGGGGCAGAGUUGACUCUUCCUGCAGUUCUCUUUCUUUCAUCACC